AAAAAAUAUUACUAAUUAUAAGACCCUAGAUAAACAUUGAAACUUUAGAAAUUUGAAAAAAAAAAAAAAAAAAAAAAUUGAAACUUUACAUUUGGGUUUGGGUGGCGCGGCCAAAGUAAGAAGCUUUAGGUCACAAUCUUCGGAUUGUAAUGCGCGCGCAUCUGAAGUGUCCUGUAACACCAUUCCCAUCCAAACCAUGGCUAUGGCCUCAGAUUCCAACGGGGUUUCUGCUUACUUAGCCUUAGCCAUGGCUGCUCUCUUUGCUUCCACCACUGCUUUCUCUGUGAUUCAAUGGAAGAAAAAGUCGAAGCUUUUGGAAACCAAGAUUCGUGGUCUUCAGAAAUCUCUCAACGCCUCCAUGGAGAACUGUGCCGGCGAGAGACAAGGCCGAAUUCGGGCUCAACAGGCUCUGAGGAAAACUCUAAGUAAUCAACCAAAGCUUGAGAAUAGUGAUCAGCUUACUUCUUAUCCCAUGACACCAAUUGGUACCAUCCAAUCAUGCUUUUCUACCAGGAAUGGCACACCGAGGCAACCUUUACUUGUUCCCCUUGCUAGAGCAUGCUUGGUCUUCGAUUCGUCUAUUGUACCUCCAGCAUCACUUGUGGGUCUUGGGGGCUAUUCUCAUUGCUGGAUUAUAUAUGUUUUUCAUUUAAAUACCAAUAUGGAGAAGCUUUGGAAGCAUCCAUCUAAGGCGAGAUUCAAGGCUAAGGUGAGGGUGCCACGGUUGAAAGGUGGAAAGAUGGGAGUCUUUGCAACUCGAUCACCACACCGUCCAUGUCCUAUUGGGCUCACUGUUGCAAAGAUUGAGGCAGUGCAAGAGCAUAUGAUGCUUCUCUCUGGUGCAGAUCUGGUUGAUGGGACUCCGGUGCUUGAUGUCAAACCCUAUCUUCCCUUCUGUGAUAGUGUCCAAAACACAAGCAUUCCCGAGUGGUUGAUGGGGGAGAAUUUAUUAGUAGCAUCUUCUGUUAGCUUUGCCGAGUGCUUCAAUUCCACACUUUCGGAUUGCUGGGAAAAAGUGGGCGAGAAUUCACUCUACGCCUCGCCAGAUGAGUUUCAAAACUUGAUAAGGCAAGUUCUGUCAUGGGAUAUUCGGUCUCUUGCUCAACGCAAUCGACCUCACAAUGCUAUUAUGAGAACAGAAAAUGGCGAAUCAUUGGAUAGUCCUUCUGAUUCCGAGGACCAUAAUGAUGAUACAGCUCAUAACCAUGGAAUUGAACAGGCUCCACUUUCUUCUGAAGAUGUGCUUUACUUCUUGAUCUUGGAAGGAUUCAAAAUUUCAUACAGAAUCGAUACCAACGGCAAUGUCACCGUGGAGAAAGUCUCACUGUCACGGGCCAUCUCUAAAAGUAACCAAAACCGCUCGAAUUACCUCACAUGGAGAGAUAAGUUAAGCUAACUCACCAGCAUCUCUUAUGUUAAAAUUGAUUCUGUUUUGACACUAAAGUUACUUUUAAUCCAUACUCAUUGAUUCUGAUUGUAUGGUGAAAGUCCCAUAACUGAGCAGAAAAGAAAUUGAAAAGAACCAGUUUUGCUUACUGUUCUUUUUUCUUGGUUUUGAAUGGUUAUAUCAAUUAAUGAUUUCUAUUAGGUAAAACAUCAAAUUCUAUGUCCUGAACAAUCAUGAUGCUUGAAAAAUUGGCUUAUGUGGAUUGAUUAUUUCAAUGAUAUACUGAGAAAAAUUGGACUAUGAAUGAAUGCUAUGGUAUUUUAUUUGUAAAA